AUGAUAAGGAUGUCGUCGUAUUGGUGGUUGACACAACAUGCUGAGUCUCCUCUGCUUCGUGUAGCCGUGUUCGAAGGUCCAUCAUCGUUGGAUGGUGAUGUAUCCCAAAAUGUGGUUGAAGUGGAGCAUGCAAUGGAAAAAGCUAGUCGAGAAUACAAUGCACAUUUGCUUGUCUUUCCCGAGCUCUUCCUUUCUGGCUAUGGUCACAGUCGAGACACGACAAUGUCAGCUGCUCGUUUCAUCGUUGAUUCACAAGUAAUUGCUCGUUUGCAAAAACUAGCUUGCCAAUAUUCAAUUGCUCUAUUCAUCGGUUAUCCGGAGAAAGCCAACGAAACGAUAUACAACUCGGCAACACUGAUUGAUCACCAAGGUGAGAUAUUGAUUAACUAUCGCAAGACUCAUUUGUGGGCCGAGAAAGAACGUCAUGUGUUUAAAGAAGGAAAUAAUUUAUCGCCUGUCGUUCAACUGUGUGGUGUGAGAGUGGGUGUCAUGAUUUGCUACGACGUUGAAAUGCCCGAAGUGGCUCGUGCUUUAAGUGUCCUUGGAGCUCAACUCUUGCUGGUGGCUACAGCCGAAGCCGCAUCACCAUGGUGCGGAAACGUUGCUCAUAUUCUUGUUCCUGCUCGUGCUUUGGAAAAUCAUGUUUGGGUAGCAUAUGCUAAUUUGGCUCCGCCUCGUUUUGCUGGUCUGUCGCGCAUUGUUGGACCCGAUGGAAAAGAACUGUGUCGAGUCGAACAGGACAGCAUCAUUGUGGCUGAGCUUCGACCUCAAGACUAUCUGCAUCGAAUUCAAGCGACGCCCUACUUGGCCGAUCGACGACCUUCUCUCUAUUCCUCUAUUAGUGACACGCAAUUAGCAAUUGCACUUCCUCCAGACUACAAGUACACCAGUGGUUAA